CUGCAGGUGCUUGGGAACACAUCAACAAUAUGGCUACAUGCCCAUGAAUAGUUCAUGAAUUACCACGGUUUCAGGGAAAAUUAGAGAAUAUUUGGAGGAUGGGAGCGACCUGUAGCAGUGAAAGCACUGUGCCACCAAUAGACACUGUGCAAAAGCCACUGUCUUUCAUCUGCGAGUGAAUUGAAUCAUAUGGAUUCUAACUAUAUCAGAGAAGUUCUUGGUGGUGUCCUGGUUGAAGGUCUCACACAGGUUGUCCUGGAGAAACCAGCUGAUCCCAUUGAGUUCCUCGCACACUGGCUCUACAAUCAGGUUGGGAGGCAACAAGCACAGGGUGACACUUUACUACCAGCCCUCUCUGGUCCAUAUCUCCUGCCUCAUGUCCAGAGCCGGGACCUAACUCCAGGAGAAUCCACAAAGUCUCAGCCAAGCUUCCAACAUGUUGACUUAGUGUCAUCAACCGAGACACCACUGGAUAUCGGCAUUGACCUAGAUUUCAAUGAGCGAUGUGUGCCUGUCCACGUAGAUUUUAGAAACGACUUUGGGGAUCUUUUUGAUGAUGAAGAUGUCCAAUGAUUACCAGAGAAACCAAAGCCCAAGCCGGCACAUCCUACCGUAAGCCCCGAGGGUGAACAGCAUCAUGCCAGACAUGAUGACCCUUUGUGUCAAAAUACAUCAUCUCAGGAAGCCUCAAAUACUCUGGAAGCAGAUGGCAUGAGGAGCACAUCCAGAGCAAGUUCCAGGCCGAUUCUGUCCAGUAUGAGCAGGGGCUCAAAUCACGAUUCUUGUGUUAAGGGGAUCACCCUUGCAUCACCUGCUUCAACAGAUAUGGACCAGGUUCAAGAUCCUGUAGAUGACAGACCAGCUAGCAAAAAUGUUUUCCAGGGUGAUGAGUCCCUUGUGGAAGAGAGCACAGUUGGUCAAGAUUUGGAUGCCCCCAUCUCAGCUGUUACAAUGCCUGUUGAAGAAGUGCCAGUUGAGAAAUCUCCAGAGGUGGUGAUUGCCAAUACCUACAAACCAGUGAUGAUGUUACCAAUGCUUAGGUCACCAGCGGCUAUCUCAAGCAUCGCUGCUACCUGCAACAGUAAGUGGCCGAUCCGUUGCUAUGGAAAACUUAACAUCAACGUCAACGCAAGUUAUGGGGGUAGUGCGGCAUUGGCACUUGUCUCUUGUGCCUACGGGGAGGAUGGAAACGGCAGCACGGGCAUGUUGUACUUACUCAGGUUUGGAUUUGACGGAAACCAUCUUGAAACAAAGACCAUCAGCCAGUGCCAUCAUGGUCACUUUGGGCCGUCUACAUCCUUUCUUUGCGAAGAAGAUGGGACUUUGCUCAGCGAUAAUCUGUUCGGGACCAACCACCUCUCUCUGAUGUCUAACAAUGGAUUGAUCACUACCAACGACUCGGGCGUGGUUGUCAGCGGCCAUGUCUUACCAAUCAAUGUCAAUGGUCAGUACGCUGGGGACUAUGGUGGUGGCGCCACCUUAAUUCUCUGCAGCAGUGCUGAACCAGGGGUGAGUGAUUCUACAGUCACCUACGGACUGUACACUACACGGUUAGGAUAUGCAAACAACCACUUCACUGCAAAAUUCUUCCAGGGGGAGGAUAAGUGGUCAUUUUCAGUUGAUGGACAGAGUCGUCUGUGCGUUUCCGGCCCUGACAAUUCUCGCUAUUCCGUGUUCCACAAUCGCCAGAACCUCCUCCAAGAUUGCCCAGGCAUUGAAGGGCGUGCCACAGUUGCCCAUUUCCAAGCGUUCAACGGGCAAGAUGAAACAGAUUUUCCGGUCAGCUAUUCCAGUGCAAGUCACUCUGUUGUGCUUGUCCUAUGUUCUAACAGUAGUGGCACUGAAAAUCAAACAGCUGCUGCCGUCUAUAGUUUAGCAAUAAAACAAGACUUAGACAAGCCCGAGAUAACAUCUGCUUCUCUUGUUGAAGGGUCAGCCGGUUCGAGUUACCCUUCUCAUGAUCUCUGGAGCUUUCAGGUGAAGAAUCGAAACGUGGUUGUAACUGGACCGGCUGGACCGUGUCGAUAUGCAAUAUUUACCAACGUGCCGGAUGGAAACGCUGCUUCUGUUUGCAAACAACAGGCUUGCCUAGCAACAGACAAGUAUCAGCCGAUCCGAGGUGUGGUCAGUAUUAAUGAGAGUGAGGUGUUAGGUUUUGUUGACCGGCAAGCUUCUAUCAGUAUUAUCAUGGGGGAAUCGGAAGUUGCUACAUUCUCUGCCGACCAGCUGAUUGAUGUUGACCGACAAUCGUGCCAGUUUGCAUUCCACUACGCCUGGAAAGAUGAAGAUAAAAUGGUAGGGGCUCGCUGGGCAAGAGUUUAUGCAGUGGAGGAUGGCAAGAGGAUUGAACUGAAAGACUCUCCCCGUCGACUCAUCCACCAACCAAAGGGUGUCAUCUACACUCUGAAUGCAGCCAGCAACACCUACCAUGCACUCAACGACAUUACAUAUGAAAGUGAACAUAAGCGAUGGGCAAACUUUAGCUAUAGUACUAUAUUUGGUAGUCGUCAUCGGUGUGGCGGUGGUGUGAAAAGCAAUGCUUGGCAGCCAUAUGCAAUCAAGAACACCCAUGAUAGUUAUCUCUACCAUAUGUGUCGGAGUAGAGGUGUAGAAGCCCAGGAUGAACAGGCUGUGGACUAUCAGCUGACUGACAUGCCUAGUCAAGCCCUCACCGUGCGUGUCCACUUCGUCGGAGAAAAAGCUGGUGUCACUAUCAAUGGCAAAGACUUUACGGCACAGAUAAGCAAGGAGUUUUCCACCCAGGCCAAACGCAUGACAGGUUAUACUGCUCGCUAUGCUGAUCUUGGUCCAGUUAAAGCUUCAAACAGCCGCCUGCAUAUCAGUGUGAAGAGUGGGAUGAUCUGUGCUUUUGCUGUCCUUGGUGAUUCCUAUAAAGAAAAGCAUAAGGAUUCCACGCAGAUUCAGGCUGAGAAUGACAUGAAACAGAAACUCUGUGACGAAGCUGAGCCUCUUAGCAGAACCGUGAUCAAGAAGCAGAUGGCCAUUGUUGGUUGGUCGCAAAAUCUUCUUCAGAAUGCAAGUGCUGAGGAGGGUAACAUGAAGCAUUGGAACACCAGAGGCACAUUUGCCACUACAGAGGGAGGUCAUGGAACAGAGAGGGCAUUCACGACUUCUCACAUGUGGUGUACCAAAUCUCAGGUUGUUGAGUUGACACAGUUAUUCCCACCAGAAUACCUUGAUACUGCUCCGGAAAUUCAGGUGUCUGAGUGGUAUAGAGAAGGUGUGUGUGAGGGCGGUUUCUACAAGUUUGAGGCGGCUCUUCUUGACGGGAACGGUGAUAAUGUAAAGCAUUAUGAAAGUGGCGAGAUUGGGAGGAUCUAUGAUAACAAGGAGUGGCGACAGCAGUCUGUUGUCUUCAGUGGUUAUGGCCCCGGCGUACGAGCUGUCAUCAUCUCGAGCAGCGGCAAAGAUGAUAAGUUUUGGGGUGGCCAGUAUGGAGUCAUGAUGUCUGAUGCAGUUGUCCGCGUGAAGAGGCAGACAACCCCAGCGGAGGGUGAUGCACUCGAGGACACAGUUAUUGUAAGUGGGGCGGAAGAAAAAAAAUCCCAAAGAGAAAGAGAUCAAAUGAUUGUAAAGAUUCUCACUGAUAACCAGGGCUUGGUUGAAGGAAUGCUUGAGGACCAAGUUGUGGCCAAGGUCGAUACGAAAUUUUCCCACCAGGUAGCCAUACUGCCAUCAAGCCGUGUUAAACGUAAGAGGAAAAAACGUGAAAUCCGUGUUUUUGUUUCGAGUACAUUCAGGGAUUUUAGAGAUGAGAGAGAAAUACUCAUUAAAAAGACAUUCAGAGAGAUAAAUGCUCUCUGUGCAGAUCGAGGUGUUUUCUUCACCUAUGUCGACCUGAGAUGGGGGAUCACUAGUGAGCAGACAGACGAUGGCAAAACCAUAGCCAUCUGUCUACAAGAGAUUGAUAAAUGCCGUCCAUAUUUCAUCUGUAUGAUGGGAGAUAGGUUUGGUUGGUGUCAGAAGCAGGGUGAGCCCGAUCAGAUGUUGGACAAGAGCUAUACCUAUGCCAUCGAGAACCAUAACAAGACGCUGGGUUGGAUUGGGGAUUAUAGAUAUGACACGAGUGUGACUCAGCUUGAAAUUUUACAUGGAGCACUAAAUAACCCUGAGGCCAGUAAAGGGCGUGUGUUCUUCUAUCAGCGAUACCCACCAAAGUCAGAUGAUAUGUCGGAAAAUGAUUUUAAGGUGAAAUCAUCAGAGAGUGAGUGGCACCAUAGCAGGCAGUACUCGAUGAGGGAGAAGGUCAAGGGAUCUGGCUUCCCUGUCAAAGAUUAUGUUGAUCCUGUCACUGUCUCUGCCCAUAUCAAAGAGGAUUUACAAAACUGCAUUGAAGAUGACUUCCCGGCCGGUACGCAGCUUACACGACUGCAGCAGGAGAAAGAAUCCCAUGAUGCAUUUGCGGAUGCCAGACGGCAUGUGUACAUUGGCAAAGAGGAGUAUUUCACCAGCAUUGAUGCCCAGGUGGAGACAUUCACCGGAGCACCUUUCGUUAUCCUUGGAGAAUCGGGUUGUGGUAAAUCAGCCUUGGUUGCCAACUGGGCGGGAAAGUUGGAGGACAGAGAACCGGACACAUUUAUUUUCUUGCAUUUCAUUGGCAGUACUGCGGAGAGUGCGUCCUACAUCAAGCUACUGAGACGAUUGUAUGAAGAAAUCAAGGCUUACUUCAAAGUAGAGAUGCCUAUUCCUUCAACUGAUACGAACAUUGUGCGGGAGCUACCAACAUGGCUGACGCUCGCUGGGAGUCGGAGGAAAUGUGUGAUAAUCCUGGAUGCAUUGAAUCAGUUGGAUGACGGCCUGGGAAUAGACGGCACAGAACAGGACUUGACCUGGAUUCCUAAGACACUCCCCGCUGGUGUCUUUAUCAUCUUGUCAACUCUUCCUGGCAGGGCAAUGGAUGCUUGCAUAGCUGCUGGUUGGAAGUCAAUGGAGGUGGCAAGGUUGGAGCAGUCGCAGAAAGAGCAGAUCAUCACAGAUUACCUUGAGAACGUCUAUGGGAAAACCCUGAGUGAUGACCAGAAGAAGAUGAUCAUCGAGGCACCACAAACAAACAAUCCUCUCUAUUUGAAAGCACUUCUUGAUGAGGUGCGUAUCUAUGGGAGUUUCAGCAGCUUGUCGCAGAAGAUAGCAGAUUAUCUGUUGGCCGACACUCCUGGGGAUUUAUUCACCAAGAUAUUGGAGAGAUUGGAAGCCGACUUUGAGAAAGGGUCGAUUGAGAGAGCAGGCCUUGUUCGGGAGACUACUGUUGCCAUCUGGUGUGCUUCUAGAGGAAUGUCGGAGGAUGAAUUACGGGAGCUACUCCAGGUCCCAAGUGCAGUGUGGUCACCAUUCUACCUCUCCCUAGCUGAGAACCUUGUAAACAGAAAUGGCAUCCUCAACUUCUUCCAUGACCAUCUCCGCCAAGCCGUUGAGAGCAAGUACCUCCCAGCACCUGAGGAUAAACAGCGCGAGUACAAGUUGUUGGCAGAUUUCUUUGAUAGCCGAGAACUGAAUAGCAGAAAACUUGAAGAGUUACCUUAUCUGUUGACGAUGGCUGGAGAGAAAGAGCGCCUGAAGGCUACCAUCAGUGACCUUGAUGUGUUCAGACACCUCAUCAAGGGCGAGGUGGGCAAGUUUGAGCUUAUCAAGGCUUGGAAACUGCUUGGAGACUUCAGUAUGGCUGAGGGAGCUUACUUGGAAGCUUUGAAAAAUUACUCGGGCAAUUACCGUGGUAAUGAUGACGUCAUGAUCGAGCUCUACCAAGACAUGGGACAGUUCUUCUCGGAGUUAGGCUUGUUGACCAGUGCAAGAACUAUGUUCGAAAAUCUCGUGAAGAUGUUGGAAACAAAGUACGAGAAGUCACACGGAGCCGUCAUUUACGAUACCAGGAACUUCAGACGGACAUACAGAUGUAAACAUCCACUUUUAUUGAAGACUUUGCACCGGCUUGGAAAUGUUUGUGAAAAGCAGAAGGAUCUUGGCUCAGCCUUCAACUACUAUCAAGACUCACUCGAACGGCAAGAUAGAGUUGAGACACCAGAUCAAGAACUCUUGUUGUGCGAGGCCCUUCUUGGGUUAGCUGCUGUGCUGAUUGCCAAAGAUGAUGCCAGAAAUGGAAAACUAGUCCUGUUACGAGCUCGAGAACUUGCCAUGAACGUGCUGGGGCCUCGUCACAAUUACGUUGCUGCAAUUAUCAAUAAACUUGGACAGCUUGCCUACAAGCAAGGCCGAAUUGAUGAAGCGCUCGCCUACUUCAUACAAGAUCUGAAUCUGACAAGGAGCGAGGUUGGCACCAACCAUCCCCGUGUUGCGCAGAUCGUCAAUGAUAUUGCCCUUGUUUAUGAUGACCAGAAUAAUACUCUGGCUGGAAACCUGUACGAGACAGCUCUGAAGAUUCUGCUUGAUACGUUUGGUUCAGUGCAUGUGGAUGUUGCAGUUGUCAGAUACAACCUUGGCGCGUUCUACUUUGCGACGAACUACUUCUCAAGGGCAAGAUACCAGUUUCAAGAAGCUGUCAACAUCUUUGAUGCAUACCUUGGAAGUGACCAUCCAUAUACUUAUGCUUCAAAUGAAGCUUUGGCAGCUAUGCCAAAUUGAUAAACAACGCCCUUACCCCACCCGUCUGUUAAUGAAAAACAUUUUGAGUAAAAAAGGGUCCAAAAUUGAUGUGUAAACAAAAGUCUUUGUUGGUUGUAAACCCUCAGUGUUGGGUCUAUGUUAACCUCUUGAAUCCCAAAACUUGAAAAUCCCGGGGUCCCAGGGUGGUCACGUGGUUGCGAAAUUGGGUCUGACUUUCACGACAUAUAGCGCCCGCAUACAACUGCCAAAGUCCCGUCCCGAGGCGCCAAUUACCCAGGCAUGCUCUAACUGACCCUACUAUACAUCAAACACGCUAUAACAAGCAAUAAACUAGCGUCCCAGCUCAAGGGAAUAAAAAUAUCACUGAGACCGACCUGUUAUUUCAAAAUGACCGACUGGUCGGUCUCUGCGAUUCAAGAGGUUAAGGUUUCAAAACCCUUGAGAGUGGAGCUAGAUGCAGUCAUUGAGAGCUCCACCCUCAAGGGUUUUAAAACCUUAACACCGAGCGUUCAAUUCCUAAAACACAAUGUUGAUAUUGUUAGGUCCGUUAUUUAACUGAGCUUCACCGCCAACAUCGUAGAUCUUAGUCAGUGCUAAACUGCCAACAUCGUAGACCUACGUUCUAUUAAUUCUUUACACUCAUCUCAGAUGGCGUGUUGUUGGUAUAAUGGUUCCAGCCAUCAUCUGCUCAGUUUGCCUCACUUUGCACAUGUUUUGGUCAUUCUUUGCCAUGUAGAGGGGGGUCAUUCUACUAUUGAAAUGACGUAAUUGAUAUUGAAACACGUGGCUCUUCUGCAUAAUGUGGGGAAUCCCCCUUAGCGCAUCAGGAGAGUGUUUUUGUGUAUCCCACUCCAGAACAAAAUACUAUUGACCCAGGGAGGUAAAAAGGAGACUUCUGAGAUGAAAAUAAGACAAGUUUGGUGAGUGUAGCUUAUUUAUGUCUGAUGCCGGUAGUUUGGACUCAUCAUGUAUCUGGGUGACGCCUUGGGUCUCACACCAGGAGCUCUUUUGCUGUCACGUUUGAUGGAUUUGAUGAAACUGUGUCUCCAUCUGUUGUUGAGCAGAGCAGUGAUGGUAACUCUCGCUGUGAUCAGGGAAUCAUAGGUCCCAGUUUGAAGGGGUUAUCGCGUCUAGAAAAGGUAUUUGAGGAGUUGAAAAUCAGGAAUGUGUUUAAAGUGUAUAUAUUUAUUAUACGAAGAAUUAAUAAAGUCUUUAUUAAUUCGUCAUUAUACUUAAAGUCUAUGAAUCUCAACUUACAUCUCUAAACUGCUGUUUCUUACACUGAAAUUGUUUUGUUUAUCAUGUUUAUAGACAUACAUAUUAUACAUUAUCUACACGUGAUGAAUCUCAUUUGUUGAAGGUCAUUUGGUUUGACUGUGCAGAACUUUUCUAUUGGUGUUAAUCAUCAGCUGUUACAUCUGUUACAGCUGUUACAUGUAUUAACAGUUUUUAUUAGCAGUUAUCAGUAGAUGAUGUGCAAUCUACUUCCAUCGUGACCAGUGCUAGAAGAUUUUCCCAAUUGGUUACCAGUCUUGGCUUAAGGAAUUGAUACCGAACUGGAGGUAUUGGUUGUCUCACUAAAACCGCUCGGGUGGAGCUAAAAUGUCGACCAAAACCAAGGCCAACAUUUUAGCUCCACCCAUGCUUUUGAAAUGUCUGAUCUGCUGUGAUUCUUUAUACAUUUAUAUCAGUCCGGGAAAUGUUAGAAUUCAGGUACGUAUCGGAAUUCAGAUACCCAUAUCAGAAUUCAGAUGCCCCAUAUCAAAAUUCGGAUACCCCUUAAAGGCCAUAACUCAAGGUUUUUUGCCAUUUUCUGCUGUAAGACGAUUUCAAAAGUGUACCUAACACUUUGUACAAUACAGAAAACCAAAUGCAAUUAGCUCCAUCCAUUUUGAAGAUAUAGCCAAUUAUGUGUUUGACAACUUGAUUACCUAAUCAGGCUAGCAACUGGCUUGUUAGAGCCAGGCGACAGUUUCAGCAAAAGUUGUGAUGUAGAUCAGGCCUCUGUACAUGUCAUGCAAUCAUAAAAGCAGGAGGGCCUUAAUUAAUUAUGCACACCUGGAAGUAAUGUGUUUCAUUCACUAUGGUGUAUUGUGUGGCUCCGAAUUGUGUCAAGGAUAGCACAAAGAACAAUCGAAUGACGGAUGGGACCCAUUUUCAUGAAUUUCCAAAGCCAGUUGAACGAGAGAGGAGGAAACUGUGGAUUCGGAAGUGCAAACGUUUGGAGUGUUGGAAGCCUGGGCCUUCGGCCAAACUUUGCAGUGAUCACUUUAUCGAUAUGGAUUAUCACAUGAAGCCGGAUAUCUGCAUCUAACUGAAUAUUAAAUGCCACUUGUUAAAAACAGCUGUUCCAUCUGUAUUCGAUUUGACCAACCCCACUUACAUGCGACAGCCUCCAAAGGAACGUUCGUUAGCCAAAAAACGUAAACUCUCAUUAUGAUCUAGUGAUAUUAAUGGCUCGAACAUGUACGGCUCAACGUUUAAAUAUCCUUCUGUAUCGACCAAAACAUCCUCAAAUUCACUGCUCUCACUCUCUGAACUGUAUGCGGAAGCCAUCUUGCUUUGUUCUGACUGGCCUGAUCUACGUCAUCAAAAAAUCCCUAGCGGCCACAUGUGGAACUAAUCUAAAGUUGUGUGUGGUGGGAAAUUCAAAUAGUUUAAAAUUGAAAAUUGAAAUAACUAAAUAAUGACUUUAUUAUUAGAAUUUUUUUAAUGUCUGGGAUCUUGUUUUUUAACCCUCAACAUAUUUCAUGAGUAUCAAGCAUGUUUUCAAACCUAGAUAUAUGGCCUUUAAUCUUAGUAAAGGGCUUAAUUGAAGGACAUGCCAACUACCCACCCAGGGCUAUCACCUUUGUGAAGACAGAUGUUAGAGCUAUUCUUGGCUUCCAUUUCUAAAGCUGAUCCCAGAUUUUGGACCCCAUCAUUUGUGCCCUUUUUUGAACAUACCGAAUUCUUCAGUACAAAUAAUGUACACAUAUGAUGCACAGGGAAAUGUACAGGAGCUGGAUGUAAUUGCUGCUUACAAGCAAACGCUCGGGAGAAUUUACAAAAGCUGGUUUGACAGUGUUGUGCACAUUUUUUUUACUAAAUCAUGCAAACAUAAACUGCUGUCCUAUCUAUGUUUCCUCCCCCAAAUGGACAUAUUUGUAAAAAUCUGGCCCAAAGUAUCAGAAUUCUGAUACCCUAAGUAUCCGAAUUCUGAUAUGGGUAUCUGAAUUCGGAUACGUAUCUGAAUUCUAACAUUUCCCGAACUGAUAUGAAGUUCCGUGUGUUCGAAUAUCCGUCCAGUGUGUUUGACUGUUUGUUCUCCUUUUGCAUCUUGAAACUCUGAAUAAUUGUGAAAACUUGCUUUCAAAAACAGAAAAGCUUUCAGUUCUAAUGUUCUAUCAUCGAAAACACUUUGUUGGAAAAUCAAUCUUCUUCAAAUUUUGUCUGUGCACUACAAGACUUCAUCAGAAAACGCCUUGGUCCUUGUUGAUAUUCAAUGUUGCUUGAGAAUUCUAAAGUUCGAAUAAUUUCUGUUGUUCAGACGAAACUUUGAACAACAUUGAAUUUCAAGGGUUGCUUGUGAUAAUAGAACCUUUAGACGAUAUAUUUAUAAAACCAUGCUGACAAACCUGAAUACCAAACCUCCAAACACCCUAAACUACCCUCUGCUGAAGGCCCUGGCCACCCCUAACUACCACUAAACUACCCAGGGCCGUUUUGACCCGGUGUUUUGACUCUAUUAAAGCAGGGCCGUUUUGACCAGGGGCCGUUCUGACUGGAUACCGUUUGGAUCUGUGAUGUUCAAGUUAUCAAGUGUUCUUUGGAUCUCAAGUGGGACUUUGGCCGUUUUGCGCUAUUACAUCCCUUGUCUAUGCUCCCUAAUUUUUUCAGAUUACCCGGAAAAUUAUGUAUAUCUUCCUCUAUUUACUAAAAGAAUAAAAUAUAAAAAUCUGUCAUA